AUAUUAUCCACAAUGUGAAGUGUGAAAGGUGCAAUCUCUUCCGAGAUAAAAGAAAUCAUCUAUUAUGUUGGAUACUAUUUGGAGAAUUGUAAAAUUCUUACUCCUGAAUUAGAAAAUAAAAUAACAGGAUGACAGAAUCAAAAGUGAAAUGGCCAUGAAUGCAGAAUGUGAAAUUUUUUAUAUUUAAGCCAUGUUUCCGUGGUUAAAUGGACGUUUCUAUAGACACACAGUGAUGCUGCUGACAUUACUGAUAUUAUACUUAUGUGAGGCAUCAGGAGAGAGUACCUUGGUGUAUGUAGACACUGGUUGUAAUAAGUCUCAAGUACAGAAAGUCCAGGUGGAUUACUCUAGUACAAUCAUCGAUCAUGAAUAUAUUGUCUCAUUUAAUGGAUAUUACAAACCCCAAGCCCGGAAGCGAUUCCUCACCUCGGCUCUGCAUGACUCAGGAGUCUUGUCUUGGAAGAUUAUUCCCAGAGAAAAUCUGGCCUUUGACUAUCCAAGUGACUUUGAUGUUGUAAAGCUGAAUGAUGGCAGACUUGAGGGCAUUGAAGCAUUAGAGAGUCACCCCAUCAUCAAAAGAAUAACCCCUCAUAAGAAGUUAUCUAGGUCACUCAAGUUUGUCAAAGAUGUGGAACAGCAGGAAGUCCUAGACAAGGAAUGUAAUGAAACGACCUCCAAUAUGUGUCCUCAGACCUUCCACUCCUCAAGGUCACACAACCGCAAAAGUCUCUCCCUGGGUGCAACAUAUUGGCAUUCUCCUGCAAGAUUUAAAGGAAGGCGACUUCUAAGGGCUGUACCUAAACAGAUUGUGAGUGCUUUACAGGCAGAAAUUCUGUGGAAUAUGGGAUUUACAGGGACUGGUGUGAAAGUAGCCAUAUUUGACACUGGUCUGUCAGAGGACCAUCCACACUUCAAAAAGGGCAGGAUCAAGGAUAGGACCAACUGGACCAAUGAAAAGACACUGGACGAUGGUCUGGGUCACGGUACCUUUGUGGCUGGAGUCAUUGCCAGUUUUAAGGACUGCCUGGGGUUCGCUCCUGAUGCUGACAUUCAUGUCUACAGAGUGUUCACAAACAAUCAGGUAUCAUACACAUCAUGGUUCUUGGAUGCCUUUAAUUAUGCUAUCCUGAAGAAAAUCAAUGUACUAAAUCUCAGCAUUGGAGGACCGGAUUUCAUGGAUCACCCCUUUGUUGACAAGGUUUGGGAACUGACAGCCAACAAAGUGAUCAUGAUCUCUGCCAUUGGAAAUGAUGGACCUCUGUAUGGCACACUGAACAACCCAGCUGACCAGAUGGAUGUUAUUGGAGUGGGAGGGAUCAACUUUGACAACCAGAUAGCUAGGUUCUCCUCCAGAGGGAUGACCACAUGGGAACUUCCUCAUGGUUAUGGAAGACUAAAGCCAGACAUUGUCACUUAUGGAUCAGCUGUUCGGGGCUCAGCCCUCAAGGGUGGAUGUAGGUCUCUGUCAGGAACCAGUGUUGCCUCCCCUGUAGUAGCCGGGGCAGUUACUCUUCUGUACAGUGCUGUGUUGGACCGCGCCCACAUUAUUAACCCGGCCAGUAUGAAGCAGGCCCUGAUGGCCUCCGCCCGGAGGUUACCAGAGGUCAACAUGUUUGAGCAAGGUCACGGCAAGCUCGACCUCAUCCGAGCUUAUCAAACCCUUAGGACCUACAAACCACAGGCCAGUUUGAGUCCCAGCUAUAUUGAUCUGACGGAAUGCCCCUACAUGUGGCCUUACUGUUCCCAGCCUAUCUUCUAUGGGGCCAUGCCUGUAGUUGUCAAUGUAACAAUUUUAAAUGGAAUGGGAGUAUCAGGAAAAUUAGUUGACAAGCCUCGUUGGGAACCCUACAUCCCACAUCAUGGAAACUACAUAGACGUGGCAUUUUCAUACUCUAAAACUCUGUGGCCUUGGUCAGGGUACUUGGCUGUCUUCAUUUCUGUCGCCAAAUCAGGAGCAAACUAUGAGGGCAUAGCUCAAGGGCAGGUCACUCUGACUGUGGAAUCACCCCCAGAGGGUGAAGAAAAAACACCAAGGCAGACAUCUCUGAAGCUACCCAUCAAAGUCCACAUCAUUUCAACACCACCUCGAAGCAAGAGGGUUUUGUGGGAUCAGUACCACAAUCUACGAUAUCCACCUGGUUACUUCCCCCGAGACAACCUGAGGAUGAAAAACGAUCCAUUAGACUGGAAUGGAGACCAUAUCCACACAAAUUUUAAAGAUAUGUACCACCAUAUUAGAUCAUCUGGAUAUUUUGUUGAAGUCUUGGGUGCCCCUUUGACCUGCUUUGAUGCCAGUCAGUAUGGGACCCUCCUGAUUGUGGAUGCUGAGGAGGAGUAUUUCCCAGAGGAGGUGACCAAGCUAAAGAGAGACAUAGAUAAUGGGUUGUCAGUUGUCAUCUUCGCUGACUGGUACAAUGUGACUGUCAUGAAGAAAGUCAAGUUCUAUGAUGAAAAUACAAGACAGUGGUGGAUGCCAGACACGGGGGGAGUCAACAUCCCGGCCACAAAUGAUCUGUUAGCACCACUGGGCAUGGCAUUCAGUGACAGAGUGUAUGAGGGAGAUUUUACCCUGGGUGACCAUGAAAUGUAUUAUGCAUCUGGAGCCAGUCUCGCAAAAUUUCCAGAUGAUGGCAUCAUAGUUACCCAAACACUCAAAGAUCAAGGUCAUGAGGUGUUGAAAGGAUCAUCAGUCAUGAAGGAGAAUGUCCCUAUUUUGGGUCUUUAUCAGACAGUAGCACAGCCCAGUGGUGGAAGAGUGGCUCUGUAUGGAGAUUCCAACUGUCUGGAUAACAGCCACAUGCAGAAAGAUUGUUUCUGGAUGCUGAGUGCUAUCCUAGAAUACACAGCGUACAAUAACCUAGUACAGGUGUUCUCAAAUCAGGACAAGGUCGUCCUGCCUCCAAUGGACCUCCCAAACAGAAUGGAAGGAAACCAUUUACAUCGAUACUCAAAAGUGCUUGAAGGUCAUCUUGGUACAGCAAGGUCAAGGAUUCUGCCAACAUGUCCAAGAGUCAUCUAUGCAGCAAGUCACCCAAUAAAUAAGUCAGCUCCAUCGAAUCUUUUCCAGCAGCAGAAGCUGCUCUCCAUUGGACUAGACGAGUCAGUGCCCCUGGGGAGAAGACACGUGGAGGAGGAUUUAAUUGAAUCAUUGGAGGCCAAGGAGAACUUUGGCAAUGGCGCAGCCCCUCACAUCCAGGGAGGAGGAGGGGCCAUGCAAGACAUUGACUCUAACAGUGUGUUCCCAGUGCUGGCCUUUAUAGGCACUGGCCUCGUACUGUUGUUUCUGCUCAAUCAGUACUACAGGGGGCGCUCUAAGCCUCGGAGGAAAAAGCCCCGAUUAAAAAAGUUUCCAACAAUGUUGUAUGGGACAAAGGGACCAAGUGUUUAACAGAAGUUACUCCUAGAUGCCAAAGAUAUUCAGAGGAAUCCCAUUAAUCUUCAUAUCAGAUAUAUAUUAUUCCUUCUCUUCAAAUCUUUAAAACAAUAAAGAAAAUAGAUAUUAAGUACCUCUACAAUGGAAAGAAUUUUCUGUUUAUUGUUACAUAAUACAUGUUUAUAACAUUUUGAAGUCUUGAAAAAAGAUGGUCUAUUUAAUAAUUAUGUAUGUUAUAGAGGCUUUAAGUUGUGAAACUGAUGUUUACCAAUUUUCUAUCAAAAUCAAUUUCAAAGGAAUGUAUAAUAAUGACCAAUGUAAAACUUUAAGUUUGUACAAAAACAAAUAAAUUAGAUGUAAAUAUUACAUUGAAUAGACACUUUUAUACUGUAAAGAAAUACAUGUACAUAAGGAUUAAGUUUUGAACCCUCUGAGAAAAGCAUGGCUAAUGCCUCUUUUAAUGAUUCUAAUAUAAACCUUAAUGUAGUUUUUAAUUCACUGUUACAAUAGAUUACAAGUACAUACAGUCAUAUUUUUUGAAAUGUUUGAUACUGAUGGAACUGUUUUGAUCUUGUUUCAAAUCUGUACCUCUAUUACUAUGUUUUAGUGAGUGUGUGCUUGUGUGUGUAUUUGUUCAUGUGUGCGGGAGUGGGUACCUAAUCAGUAAUGGUAUUUGUAUCAUUCCAUUUUAGACUAAGAGUGUGUGGAAAAAAGCAUACAUGUACAUGAGUGAGUCAUUCAAGAAUGUUUGUUUCUAUAAUUAAUUGUUGAAAUAUGGUAUUAAUAGAUAAACUAGUCAAACAUUUUAUAUUACAUGUAUCUUCAUACAAUUUAUACCAUUUACAAUUAUUUAGUAUUCUUGAAAAUAGUGCAUUUUUAUAUCAGCUUAAUUUUUUUUAUAAUCUUUCAUUGUAUAAAUAAUUGCUGGAAUGUGAUUUUGCCAUCAACCAUUUUCAUACUACUUUCAGUCUUUCAUAUUUCCAUGUACAAUGAUACAGUGCACUGAAAUUUAUACAUUAUUCCCCAUUUUCAAAAGGUGGAC